AUGCGAAUAGAGAAGUGUUGGUACUGCUCGGGGAAUAUCUACCCGGGCCAUGGCAUAUUUUUCAUCCGAAACGACGCGAAUAUAUUCCGCUUCUGCCGCAGCAAAUGCCACAAGCACUUUAAGGCGAAGCACAACCCACGCAAAGUCAAAUGGACCAAGGUCUACAGAAAGGAAAGGAACAAGGAGCUCAGCGCAGACAAAACGUUUGAGUUUGAAAAAAUCAGAAGUGAACCAGUAAAGUACGAUCGUGAUCUGUAUAUAAAAACGAUCAACGCUAUAAAACAAAUAGACAAAAUAAAGGAGGUGAGAAAAAUGAGAUUUUACAAAAACAGGAUUAAGGAAAUAUCGGAGAAGAAAAUUAACUUGUCUUUAAAUUAUAUUAAAAAGAAUCCAGCUCUUUUAAGGAACACCCAAUUUGAGGGUGUGCUUAGCGAACUGAUAAAUGAACAGGAGAAUGAGGAUGGGGACUUCACUCUUGUCAAGGGAACCUUUGACCAGGAGGAACUCAUUAGGAAGGACAUGGAGGAGAUGGGUCAGAGGUUCUCUGCCGAUGUUAAUUCGAUUAGGGACAUACAGGGAGUCCAACACCAGAAGGAGAACCAAAAUUUGGAGCUAGCUUAG